AUGGAUGACAUGUUCGAUGUUUUCGAUGGGAAGGCGGACCCCCAAAGCGCCAGCGAGGACGAGAGCGCCGUGCCGCCAAAGACCCAGACCCAGAAUGAUCAUAGCAAAAAGAGGAAGGUGGACGAGGCCAUGAAUGGGACCACAGACGGCGCCGAGUCGAAGAACAACGACGCAGGAGACGCCAUGGAGGAGGACGGCACAGACUCGUCCUCGGACUCCUCCUCAGACGUGGAGUCCUCGUCCGGAGAGGAAGGGGAAGAGGGAGAGGAUGCUGGCAGCAAGAACGACAACAAGCGUCGUAAGAAGGGCGACGGAGCGGCUACCGUCAUGCUCGACACCUUCCAGACUGCACAGUCGAGAGAGGUCGCCGGUGCGGCGACUUUCGUGCCCCAGGAUGCCUCGCUCGUGCUGUCACACAACAUCCAGCACCAGGUCGCUCUGCCCCCGGAUCUAGACUACGAAUACGUCCCUCUGUCCGAGCACAAGUCACCCGAGGAGCCGGCGCGCACGUGGAACUUCAAGCUGGACCCAUUCCAGAGUCUCUCGGUGGCUUCGAUCGAGCGCGAUGAGAGCGUCCUCGUGUCGGCCCACACCAGUGCCGGAAAGACGGUUGUCGCCGAGUACGCCGUCGCGCAGUGUCUCAAGCGCAACCAGCGCGUCAUCUACACGAGUCCGAUCAAGGCCCUCAGCAACCAAAAGUAUCGAGACUUCGAGGCCAUCUUUGGUGACGUCGGCCUCAUGACGGGCGAUGUCACCAUCAACCCCACCGCCAGUUGCCUAGUCAUGACGACGGAGAUCCUGCGCUCCAUGCUGUACCGUGGCUCAGAAAUCAUGCGCGAGGUGGCGUGGGUCGUCUUUGACGAGAUUCACUACAUGCGCGAUAAGACGCGCGGUGUCGUGUGGGAGGAGACCAUCAUCAUGCUCCCCGAUAAGGUCCGCUACGUGUUCCUGUCCGCCACCAUCCCCAAUGCCUUCCAGUUCGCCGAGUGGAUCGCCAAGAUCCACCACCAGGCGUGCCACGUCGUGUACACCGACUUCCGGCCCACGCCGCUGCAGAACUACUUCUUCCCGGCCGGUGGCAAGGGUGCGAGGAUCGUUGUGGACGAGAAGGGCAACUUCAACGAGGCCAACUUCAACCAGGUCAUGAAGGAGGUCGAGGACAAGAAGGGCGCCGACUCUGCCGACGUCAACGCCAAGCAGAAGGGCAAGGGCAAGAACAAGAAGAUCAGCAAGGGUGGCCCCGACGAGGGCAGCGACAUGGCCAAGCUCAUCCGCAUGACCAUCAAGAAGAGCCUGAAUCCGGUCAUCGUCUUCAACUUCAGCAAGCGCGAGUGCGAGAACAUGGCGAUUGCCAUCUCGAGCAUGAGCUUCAACGACGACUCGGAAAAGGCCAUGGUGCGCAAGGUGUUCAGCAGCGCCAUCGACAGCCUGUCGGACCAGGACAAGGAGCUGCCGCAGAUCUCCAACCUGCUGCCCCUGCUCGAGAGGGGAAUCGGCGUCCACCACUCCGGUCUUCUGCCGAUCCUCAAGGAGACGAUCGAGAUUCUGUUCCAGGAGUCGCUCAUCAAGGUGCUGUUCGCCACCGAGACCUUCUCCAUCGGCCUGAACAUGCCGGCCAAGACGGUCGUCUUCACGCAGGUGACCAAGUGGGACGGUGUGAAGCGCAGGCCGAUCACCUGCUCCGAGUACAUCCAGAUGGCCGGACGGGCGGGCCGUCGUGGCCUGGAUGCGCGCGGUAUCGUCAUCAUGAUGAUCGACGACAAGCUGGAGCCGGACACGGCCAGGGAGAUUGUGACCGGCCACCAGGACAAGCUCAACUCGGCCUUCUACCUGGGGUACAACAUGAUCCUCAACCUUCUCAGGAUCGAGGCCAUCUCCCCCGAGUUCAUGCUGGAGCGCUGCUUCUACCAGUUCCAGAACGCGGCCAGCGUGCCCGCGCUCGAGAAGGAGCUCAUGUCCCUGCAGCAGGAGCGCGACAGCCUGUCGAUCCCCGACGAGGCCAACAUCAAGGACUACUACCAGAUCCGCAACCAGCUCAACACAUUCACCAAGGACAUGCACUUCGUGGUGCAGCAUCCGGCGCACUGCCUCGAGUUCCUGCAGCCGGGCCGCCUCGUGCAGAUCUUCAACCCCAAGGAAGCGUCCGGCGGCGUCGCGGGAGGCGUCGACUUCGGCUGGGGCGUGGUGACGAACCACUACAGCCGCAGGGCGCCCAAGAUGGGCGAGCCCGAGCACAUCCCGCAGGAGAGCUACGUCCUGGACGUGCUGCUGCCCGUCUCGGCGGACAGCGCCAAGUUUGCGCCCGGCCAGCCGGCCGGCGAGAUGCCGCCGGGUGUGCUGCCGUCGGGCAAGGACGGCAAGACCGUGUACGUGGUGGUGCCCUGCCUGUUCACGUGCAUCAAGGCCAUCAGCCAGAUCCGCAUCUUCAUGCCCAAGAACGGGCUGCAGUCGGACGCGGAUCGGGACGUGGUGCGCAAGUCCCUGCAGGAGGUCUGCCGACGGUUCCCGGACGGGCUCCCGAUCCUGGACCCGCUGGAGAACAUGGAGAUAACGGACGAGUCGUUCAAGAAGCUGCUGCGCAAGAUCGAGGUGCUGGAGUCGCGGCUGCUGGCCAACCCGCUGCACAUGUCGCCGCUGCUCCCGUCGCUGUGGGACCAGUACAGCCAGAAGGUGGGGCUGACGGACCGGAUCAAGGAGAAGAGGAGGGAGAUGACCAAGGCGCAUAGCAUCGCGCAGCUGGACGAGCUCAAGUCACGCAAGCGCGUCCUGCGGCGGCUGGGCUUCAUCAACGACGGCGAGGUGGUGCAGCUCAAGGCCCGGGUGGCCUGCGAGAUCUCGUCGACCGAGGGCCACGAGCUCCUCCUCUCGGAGCUGCUCUUCGACCGGUUCUUCAACGAGCUGACGCCCGAGACGUGCGCCGCCGUCCUGAGCUGCUUCAUCUUCGACGAGAAGGUCGAGGCCGCCGCGCUGAAGGAGGAACUCCAGAAGCCGUACCGGGAAAUCCAGGCCAAGGCCAGGAUCGUCGCAAAGGUCAGCCAGGAGUGCAAGCUGGACGUCAACGAGGAGGAGUACAUGGCCCAGGCCGCCAAGGUCAUGGGCAACGACGACCUUACCAAGAAGUUUGACGAGAGUCUGCAAAAGAUUCGGAGGGACAUUGUUGCGGCGCAGAGCCUGUAUCUGUAG